AUAAAAAUGCUGCCUCCACCUCUCUUUCUCUACUAGAACCUUCGGUUCGGAUGCUCGAAUUAGGGUUUCUCUAGGGUUUAGCCCCAAGCUUUUCAGACAGCAACGCCAAUCAACCAAAAUCCCGAAAUUUGAAACUGUAUUUCGAAAAUAUUUAAGUAGGCGAACGAAAUCCUCGUAUAAUUCCAAGGCAGAGAGAGGGAGAGAAACCCCGAAAUGGUUCGCUCUAAUGGCGCUUGGUUUUUUCGCUGCCUCGCUCGUCGCUCUCUCUCUAGGAACCUUCUUGAAGAAUCCCGGAAUUCUAUAUGUAAGGGCGUGUUAAGAGGGGGAUAUAGGAGUUUCAGUUCCGGAAUCCAUAAUCCAGUCCGGGUUAUUGGGAAUUACAUUCCCACAAAUGUGAGCAAUAAAAACUGGAUUGCAUUUGUAGCUCUGAAUGGAAGUUGGGGCCAAACAAGGUCAAUUCAUGGCACUGCGUAUGUGUCUGUGAAGGAUUAUUAUGAUACACUAGGUGUAAGCAAGAAUGCAACUGCUUCUGAAAUAAAGAAAGCUUAUUAUGGGCUUGCAAAGAAGCUGCAUCCAGAUACGAAUAAAGAGGACCCGGAAGCUGAAAAGAAGUUUCAAGAAGUAUCAAAGGCAUACGAGGUUUUGAAAGAUGAAGAAAAGCGUGCACAAUAUGAUCAGGUUGGCCAUGAUGCAUUUGAACAACAAGAUGGCAACGGUGGUUUUCCUGGUCAGGGAUUUCAUAAUCCAUUCGAUGAGUUCUUCAGAAUGGAUGAUAUGUUCGGCAAUAUGUUCAAACAGAAGCUCGGUGGCCAAGAUGCCAAGGUUGCCAUUGAGAUAUCCUUCAUGGAAGCUGUUCAGGGAUGUACGAAGACCAUCAAUUUUAAAACUGAUGUGCCAUGUUCAGCUUGUGGUGGAGAAGGUGUUCCUCCAGGUGUCAAACCUGAAAGGUGUCGACGCUGUAAAGGCUCUGGCACUAUAUUUUCGCAGAAGGGUAUUUUCAGUAUUCAGAGCACCUGUCCUCAGUGUGGUGGAAUUGGGCAAACUGUAUCGAGCGUUUGCAAAUCUUGCAAUGGAGGUAAGGUUAUUAAAGGAUCAAAAUCGGUCAAAUUGGACAUUAUGCCAGGCGUGGAUGACAAUGAGACCAUGAGAGUUUAUAGAAGUGGAGGGGCAGAUCCUGAUGGGAAUCAACCUGGUGAUCUUUAUGUCACCAUCAAGGUCAGAGAAGACCCUGUUUUCCGUAGAGAAGAUUCCAAUAUUCAUGUGGAUGCUGUUUUAAACAUCACUCAGGCAAUCCUAGGGGGAACUAUCCAGGUCCCAACACUGACAGGAGAUGUUGUACUUAAGGUCCGUGCUGGCACCCAACCUGGUCAAAAGGUGGUCCUUAAGAAAAAAGGGAUAAAAAGUCGCAAAUCCUAUUCAUUUGGUGAUCAAUAUGUGCACUUCACUGUCAACAUUCCAACGAAUUUGACCCCAAGACAACGGGAAUUGAUUGAAGAGUUUGCCAAAGAAGAACAAGGUGACUAUGAUAAACGCGCUGCUGCAGGGGCAUCUUCAUAAAAUACGUACCAGAUUACACUUUUGCUUCAUAUUCAUUCAGAGUCCGUGAUUUAGCAAUGACAAUAAGGAAGGAAUUGCGAAGCACUAAAAAGAAUAUCCUUAGUAGCAUCCAAUUCCAGCCUGCUGCAGAAGAGUUUUGUAGGGGAGAUUUUGGGUUGUGUUUGACCCUCUUUUGUUUUCAUUUGAGUCCUGUUAGGGUAUGUAAUAUUUUUUGGGUCCUGAAAUCACAUUAGAUUGAUUAGCUAUUUAUGCUAAAACUUGUUAUUAAUAUAACAUUCAGAUUACUAUACCAGUUAUGCAAGUGGUAAUUUCAGAGCA